CAUGUGCUGGCAGUAUGACGACAUGAAAAUGAAGACCGCAACCAAAAGAGGUGAAAUAGGUUGAAAAAACACCUUUUCUCAAUUAUUUUAAGGCCAAUGGCAUAUGCAUGGUGUAAUUCCUUAAAAGACAUUUUAGAUAAAUAUUAUUUUAUAACAGGUAUACUGAAGAUAAGAGAGGACUUGUGAGUUUUUGUCUGUGUUCUGAUAGUUAUGUAGUAUUGGUGAUUCCACGCAUCAAUUUGUCGAGGAAUCCACCGCUAAAAGGCGUAAUUUCGCUAACAUAAUUAUACUACUCUCCUUUGCUACACCACAACGUAUUACAACUCGUGUAACCGUUACUUAGGUCCAUUUUUAUGAAUUCGCGGGUAACAUUUCAUGAAACGGGAUUAUUUCUGUAUCCUUUUCUAAAGUUGUGUUGUGCACGGAUGCCACGCAAAUGUUAAGGCAUAAUAUGCCAGUUCCUAUUAAUUACACAACAUCAAAUUACCAGUUUCAAGAGGUCAUAAAGAAAUAACGGAUCAAAAAUCGUUUAUGGUAAAUUAGUAGACUUUACUUUGUGAUGGUAUAGUCUAGAUGCAUCCCGAGUAUUAUCGAUUAGUUUGUAUUUCGCAAUACAGUACACGACUCGGUGUUUUACGUUGAUAACAUACAGUAGGAAUUGCAUCACCACUGUGAAAUAUUCCAAGGGCUGGGUAUAUAAGGAUCUGGCUCGGCUGUAGUAAAUUACAAUAAAAUGUGAACUCGACAGUGACUGCUGUGUGCUCUUUUUCUUUAACGCCUUACCCAACAGGCGGAGACAAGCGGACCAAGUUUUUUGAGGAGAAGAAAUCGAAAAAUGGUGAACUUUACGGUGGACCAGCUGAGGUCAGCCAUGGACCACCGGACCGGUGUCCGGAACCUGGCAGUGAUAGCCCAUGUUGACCAUGGGAAGACAACCUUGACGGACUCUCUGUUGGCCAAGGCCGGGGUGAUCAACACUGACCAGGCUGGAGACAAGUGUGCCAUGGACACCAGGAAGGACGAGCAGCUCAAAGGCAUCACCAUCAAGUCCACUGCCAUUUCCUUGCUCUACGAGGUAGACCCUAAGUUAUUCCCAGCCGGAUCAGAGACUGGACUGAAGGAAUGCAUUGUCAACUUGAUUGACAGCCCGGGUCACGUGGAUUUCUCCUCAGAAGUGACGGCUGCGCUGAGGGUGGCUGAUGGUGCCCUGGUGGUGGUGGACAGUGUUAGUGGUGUAUGUGUCCAGACAGAGACGGUCCUACGUCAGGCUUUGGCGGAGCGAGUUCGUCCAGUCCUCAUGCUCAACAAGCUUGACCGCUGUGUGAUGGAGGUCCAGCUUGACCAUGAAGAACUGUACCGAUCCCUCUGUCGGACAAUCCAGUCUGUCAACAAUGCUGUGGACAUGUAUGGUCAGCCUGAUGUCAUGGGAAAACUCACGCUUGACCCAUCGCUUGGUAACGUGGCAUUCGGUUGCGGUCUACACCGUUGGGGUUUUACUCUGGUGAACUUUGCACGUUUGUAUGCAGCAAAGUUUGGCCUCUCAGAGGAAAAGCUGAUGCGUAGGUUGUGGGGCGAACACUACUACAAUCCUGGUACAAGAACUUGGAACAGAAUCGGUGGAGACGGAUAUGUCCGCGGAUUCAACAAGUUUAUCCUUGAGCCACUCUACACUAUGCUGAACACUUUGAAGACAAAAGAAAAGGAGGAAGUCUUCAAAUUGACAGACAAGCUCAACAUCCAUCUGUCUGGAGAGGAGAGGGCAGAGAGUGGUAAACCUCUCAUGAGAAAGGUCAUGCAGAAAUGGCUGCCUGUGGCCGAUGCCUUGCUCGAGAUGUUUGUUGCACACCUGCCGUCGCCUCUGACAGCACAGAAAUACCGUACAGAUCUACUGUACGAAGGACCCAUGGAUGAUGAUGCUGCUGUUGCCAUGAAACACUGUAACCCUAAUGGACCACUGAUGCUGUAUGUUUCCAAGAUGGUACCAACAUCAGACAAAGGACGUUUCUACGCGUUCGGCCGCGUAUUCUCUGGGACAGUAACAACUGGCCAGAAGGUCCGUAUCAUGGGGCCAAAAUACGAACCAGGCAACAACAAGUCAGCUGACCUCUUCAUCAAGACCAUUCCAAAGACCGUUGUGAUGAUGGGUGCAGGGACCAUGGCCAUAGAUGAGGUACCCUGCGGUAAUACAGUGGGAUUGGUGGGACUGGACAAAUAUCUGAUCAAGUCCGGCACAGUCUCCACUUACCAACAUGCCCACAACAUGGCGGUGAUGCGUUUCUCCGUCAGUCCAGUUGUCCGUGUGGCAGUAGAUCCCGUGAAUGCAGCUGAGUUACCUAAACUGCUGGAGGGUCUACAGAGACUGACCAAGUCUGACCCCAUGGUUCAGUGUAUAACAGAGAAUGGUCAACACAUUGUGGCCGGAGCAGGCGAGAUGCAUCUAGACAUCUGUCUGAAGGAUCUGGAGAAUGACCAUGCCUGUAUCCCAAUCAAGCGGUCUGAGCCAGUGGUCACUUACAAAGAGGGUGUGACACAGCGGUCAGAUCGGGUGUGUCUGGCCAAGUCCUUUAACAAACUGUGCAGGUUAAUGAUGACAGCAGAACCACUAGAGGAGACACUCUGUGAGGAUAUAGACGAGGGAAAGGUCAAGGCUACACAGGAUGUACGUGAGCGAGCGCAAUAUUUGGCUGCCAACUACGGCUUUGACAACCAGGAGGCUCGGAAGAUCUGGUGUUUUGGUCCAAACAAUAAUGGGCCCAACAUGUUGGUGGAUGCCAGCAAGUCUGUACAAUACCUACAGGACAUCCGUGACAUAGUCAGGGCUGGCUUUCAGUGGUCUACAGAGGAGGGAGUGCUAUGUGAGGAGAAUAUGCGUGGUGUGCAGUUCAACAUACAGGACGCCCACAUCCAUAGUGACCCCGCCCACAGACGUGGGGCGCAGAUCCUGCCUGCCACCAGGCGUUGUCUAAUGGCCUCUGUCCUCACAGCGGCACCCAGACUGAUGGAGCCUGUCUAUAAGGUGGAAAUCAAGGCACCCAAGUAUGUACUGGGAGGCGUGGUUAGUGUUCUGACUAAGAGGCGAGGACAAAUUGUUGACCAAGAGGAGGAUGUGGGCACACCCAUGGUCACCCUCAAGGCCUUCCUACCAGUGAAUGAGUCCUUUGGUUUUACUGAAAUGCUGCGUGGCGAGACAGGCGGUCAAGCUUUCCCUCAGUUGGUGUUUGACCACUGGCAGGUUCUUCCUGGAGACCCACUGGAUAAUACUUCCAAGGCUGGAACUGUUGUCAGGGCGAUAAGACAGCGGAAGGGCCUGAACCCGUUAAUACCAGCCCUAGACAACUUCCUUGAUAGGCUGUAGAGGACGGAGGAAAUCCUGUUUUGUUGUGUUUAAACACAAACUUUCGCUGCUAUUUUCCUAAAUAAAUUGGGAUUUCAUUAUGAUGAACAACGGCAAAAAAAAAUCACUAAUGAAAAAAUCAUGAAAAUUUGAGAUUUAGAUAUUUAAUACAGAAGUAAAAUGGUCAAGGUAGCAAUUAUUUAAAGCUCUAUUUCAGAACAAAGACUUUGUGGAAAAAUAAAUGAGACUUACAAAGUGGAAAAUGGUGGUUUUAUCAUUUUAAAUGCAAGGUUUGCACAACAGGGUCAUUGAUGGCCAGAUAUAGCUCAAUGAUAGCUAGAAUAUCAAACUAUGCUGCCUUUUCUCACUCCUGCACAAUUAACUGUAUUCAAGUCAGAAAAUUUACCGGAUGGUCCUUAAGAAAAUACAUCAAUCUUGGUACUCAAAAUAACGAAACUAUUUUCUCAUCUCUGCUGCUACAUACUUUAUAUUGGGUUUUUUUCCAGCAUGAUCAACCUUUCCAAGUCCUGCAAUCCAAGUUCCCAUAUUGGCCCAUCUUAGCCUUGUUCCCCGAUAUUAUCAUCAAGAUAUAUUUUCUUGAUUGUCACAUGAUAUUUAAAGAUACUUAAAUGUAGCAGCUGAUCAAAGAGAAACCAUAUUAUGCGGAAUUCAUGACUAGCUAGCUAUGCAAAAAAACAACAACAAAAAACGAUGCAAAAUGAAAGGAUAUUUAUUUCAGAUUUCUAUCAUUUUUCAAACCCAUGAUAUACAAAUAACCAAGAUAAUUUUGGCUCAUCAGCUGUCUACGAGGAGAAUCUACAGUUAUUCAUAUAUCUGUGUGUGACAAUUGUGUACCAUAAAUAUAGUAAAUAAAAUAUUACUCUAUAUUUAUCACACUGGAAAAUAUGUAUAAAAAAAUCCUACAGACGCUAUGUACAGUACAAUAUACAUAAUUGUCAACAGACAGUCCAUCUGUACAAUCGUCGAUAGAAAUAUUGUGUAAAAUAAUCUGCAUACCAAUACAGUACCAAUACUCCCAACACUCACAAAUACAAAUGUAUAUGUAAUACAAACCAUUAAUUGGGCCAACCUUAUAGAACUUUGAUAUACAGAUGGGUUCAACAUAUGAAUAAUUUCUAGUGGAGAAUUUUAUUUGUAUACAUUUUGA